UUGUACCUUUUUAGUUGUUCCAAUCAAAGAAAAUGUCUGAGCAACAGCAACCAGUUGAUGGUUUUCCUAACGAUAUGCCUGUUCAACCCAAAAAUACUCCAAAUAGUCAAUCUUCUUCUCAUUCAAACGGAUCAUUUGGCACAGUUUUCAUUAUUCUAGCUGUGAUUUUGGUUAUAUCUCUUCUUUCUUGCGUAAUUGGACGCAUUUGUAACAAAAGAAGACAUGGAGAUCAUUACCCAACAAAACAAAAUCAUGACAUCCAUCUCAAAGGCAGAGAUGGUCAUGACAUAGAAUUUGGUAUUGAUAAGAGACUUCCAAAUUCAAAAGUGGCUGCUUCAAAUGGAGAUCAUUCAAAUAUUCCCACAAGUUCUAUGACAUUUGAUAAUGGACAUCAUGGUAAAGGAGGAGUGAUGUUUGCUGAAGAUCAUUAGAAUUAUACCUGCUCAAUCAAAUUCAAAAAAAUAGCAUGUCCUUCUAUUAAUAAUUGUCUUUUUUAAAAAAAAAUUUGUUUCAACUUUUCUGUUGAUAGAACUGAGUUAAUGCCAAUGUAGUUGUAAAUAAAAAUAUAUUUA